UUUUUAUAAUGCUUCCAAAUGUACGUUUGGAGCGGAGUUCAUGAGUUAUAUGCACUUGACACAUGGCAAGUAACAGCCUAGUAAUUUGGUCAAAUAAAGUAGACCAGUCUUGAUUCGUGCUAGCUUUUACCUAGGAAUAGAGUAGCUUGUGGACUAUUCACUUUACGUAAACUAACACAUAAUGUCAGUAGAAUGAAACCUUCCCCCCCAACUGGAAUCUGACGGCACCUCUACGCUAAGAGGUAGGGCAACCUCUCGAUCGAGCGCAUGCGCAGUGAUAGGCCCCUGCCCGCAAGACAACCUCGGUUAGACUGUGCAACAGCAGCUCGUGAGGACAUGAGCGGGAAGGUUGGUGUCGAGGUGCUGGUGAUGGGCGGAGCCAGUCCCCUCGCUGACGCCAGUGCGCCCCUUGUAGCCAAUGAAAGCUUGGCGCCGAAGACACGCCCCCAGACCACUGCCUUUAUUCUCCCAGCCACCAGCUCCCCUCUGAGCCUGGCAAUGCGGAAGGGGGAAGGGCCAAGAGUUGCCAUGGAGACGCCAAAGGUGGGCGGAGCUGGGGAGCCAGUGACCUCCAUGCUGACCCCUCAGGUGGGCGGCGCCUGCAGCGUGGUCCGUGUUUUGGAGUGGAAGGAGGGCGUCGCCGUGCUCCCAGGCAGCAACCUAAAGUUCCGGAUGAGUGACUUUGGCACUCUGCAGGUUGUGAGUGACAGGACAGUUCCUGUCCUCGAGCCAAGCACAGAAGGGCCUGCUGGGAAGGAGGUGGAGACAGACAGAGUCCCAGGACAGAGCUCAGUAGAUGGUAUCUCCCUCAGUGCUGCGAUUCCUUCUGCAAGAAAGACGGUUGAACCCACUGAGGAGGACUCGACGGGAGGGAAUGUUGGUCCCUGUGCAGGCUGGAGCCCGGGCGGGGAGAAGGAGUGCAUGGAUGAACUGCGGAGAGAGCCACUCACAGACAAGUCAGCACGUCUGGACAUUGCCACGGUGGCCCAGGUGUCAGUGUUGAACCCAGAGGAUCUGAAGCCAGUGAAGAAGAGGAAGAGGAAGGAGUACCUGAGCCAGUCGGAUGAGGAGUCAGAGAUGGAGUCGAUGGAGGAGAGGGUGGAGAGUCUGAAGGUGCUAGAAGUGAACCAGUCUGGCUGUGGCCCGCUAGGGGACGGGAGACAGAACAGGACAGUCUCUGGGGAGGUGAAGAAGGAGGCGUGGACGUGGUCGUGGUAUCUGGAGGAACAGAAGGCCAUGGCUGCCCCUCUUAAGCUCUUCCAGGAGUGCCAGAGCAUCCCCCAGACAAAGAACAGCUUCAGAGUCGGGAUGAAGUUAGAGGGGAUUGAUCCACAGCACCCUUCCAUGUACUUCGUCCUCACAGUGACCGAGGUGUGCGGGUAUCGAAUGAGGCUGCACUUUGACGGCUACUCCGAGUGCCAUGAUUUCUGGGUAAACAGCAACAGUCCGGACAUCCAUCCAGCCGGCUGGUGCGAGAAGACUGAGCACAAACUCUACACUCCAAAAGGUCAGAGGGCAGAGGGGUGUAAAGAAGAGGAGUUCUCCUGGGCCAGCUACCUGAGACUGACCAAGGCACAGGUGGCUCCACAGGAGCUGUUUGUCAGUCCAGGCGGGACAGAGCUCCCCAGCAGUUUUCAGGUGGGGAUGAAGCUGGAGGCCGUCGACCGCAUGAACCCCUCCCUCAUCUGUGUCGCCACGGUGACUGAUGUGGUGGACAAGCGCUUCCUGGUUCACUUCGACAACUGGGAUGACACUUACGACUACUGGUGUGAUGAGACCAGUCCAUACAUCCACCCUGUUGGCUGGUGCCAGGAACGGGGCCGUCCCCUCACCCCACCGCAAGAUUACCCAGAUCCUGAUAACUUUUCCUGGGAGAAGUACCUGAAGGAUACCGGCUCUACUGCUGUCCCAGCACAUUGUUUCAAACUGCGCCCUCAGCAUGGGUUCCAGGUCAACAUGAAGCUGGAGGCCGUGGACAAGCGCAACCCCUCCCUCAUUCGCGUGGCCACGGUGGAAGAUGUUGACGAGUACAGGAUUAAGAUCCACUUCGACGGCUGGAACCACAUGUACGAUUACUGGAUCGACUCGGACAAUCCCGACAUCCACCCUGCAGGCUGGUGUGAGAGAACCGGGCACCCCCUGAAAACGCCCCUCCGUGAGUCAAAUACACAGCAACCCGGCCCCCGGGACACCUUGGCGUCAGGACAAGGUGGCUGCGCCUCUCUCGUCUGUAAAGGAAUCAGCCAUUCGCGAGCCAAGUACAGCUUCAACCACAGGAAGUGCCCCACCCCAGGCUGUGACGGCUCUGGUCAUGUGACCGGGCGCUUCACGGCACACCACUGCCUGUCAGGCUGCCCGCUGGCGGAGCGGAACCAGGGCAGGCUCAAAACUGAGCUCUCCGACACCGAGGGCCCUGGGGCCAAGCGCAACCUGCUCGUCUUUGGCCAGCGCAGCAAGACGUCCCGGCACCACGGCAGGAUAGGCCGUCCGCCCAAGUACAGGAAGAGCCAGCAGAGAACCUAUCAGAGUGUGUCAGCGGAAAUCAUACACCCGUCCUUCUUCAUGUCAGCCCUGUCUGCCAACCCGGACCGCACCCUAUCACUCUGCUGGGAGCAGCACUGCAAGCUGCUGCCCGGGGUGGCUGGCAUCUGCGCCAGCAACGUGGCAACCUGGAGCGUGGACGAGGUUUCCAGUUUUGUCGAGAAUCUCACUGGUUGUGACGAGCAAGCCCGGGUUUUCAAAGACGAGAUGAUCGACGGCGAGGCGUUCCUCUUGCUGACGCAGACAGACAUUGUGAAGAUCAUGAGCAUCAAGCUGGGCCCGGCGCUCAAGAUCUACAAUGCCAUUCUGGUGUUCAAGAGCACCGACGACAGCCAUAAGUGAUCCUCCCUGCCCUCCCAACACACACCCCUCCACCCGCAGGCUUUUCUAUGUGUGCCAAUCUGCAGAAGCAUCCCUGCUACCUCCCUGUAAAUAAGCUUUCAGUGAACACACCCCUCAGAGAGAUGCAAGGGGGUCCUAUAUGUGCCAAUGCUUUCAAAUGAGUUCCAGAAGCCAGUGUCAUUACUGUCUGUACAGAUCAGAAACAACGAGGAAAGAAUGCUGACCAACAAAAUCUCAGCACAUUGCAUUUUACCAUUCCAAGGAUUCUUGCUUGUUAAACCGUGAUCUCCCUUUUGCUUUAGUGUCUGCUGGACAAUAAUUAUUAUUGCUUCCAUACUUUCUUAUAAAUAUCAAAGCUAUCAGUGCAACUCCUACAUUUGUUAAAAAAAAAAACGUGAUUGCACAGGCAGCUUCAGUUUAUUCUAAACCAAUUUCUAUGACUCUGUUUGUAAAUGUAGACAAUUUGUUUUUCACAAUGGUUAUAAGCAAGGAUGCAGCAAUGUGUAAUGUGCAUUGUAAAUAUAACACCUUUUUUUUUUUGAAGGUCACAGUGAUGUGUACAACAUUUGUGAGCCUACAAAACCUAACCAAUGCAUUACCACAGCUGGCCAUCAGAGGGCGGCAUCAUUGGGAAACUCGCCUGCAUUGACUCUCUGAUGGGUAUGGUCUGCCAUGUAGAUAAGUAAUCGAUCAGUCAGUCUUUCAAGCCAUCAUACAAUAAAUGUUCUGAACGUGA